UUAUAUUUAAUGUAUAUUAAAUUUCUCAAAACAUGGCGGUGGCAAGUUCAAAUAUUCCUUUUAUCCUUCGUCUUGUUUCUUGCUCGGUCGCAGCUGCAAAUAAAGCCGGCAAUAUCAUUCGUAAUGUCCUGGAGAGGGGCAAUCUGGAGGUCGUCGAUAAAAAUUUAGGCAAAGGUGAGCCAGAUCCACAAACGAUUGCAGAUCGUGCAGCUCAGAAAUGCAUAAUUACGUCGUUGCAGAAGAAAUUUCCAGCGAUUAAGAUCGUUGGAGAAGAGGAAGAUUGCUCUGAUAUCAUUGAGGUUGCAGAAACAGAGGACGAUUCAAAUGUUUUGCAGCAGACAUGUCCUGUAGAACUGCAAAAUUGUAAAGAGGAUGAGGUUGUUGUUUGGGUUGAUCCUUUGGAUGGCACUAAAGAGUUUACAGAUGGUUAUAUAGAACAUGUAACAGUUCUCAUUGGCAUAUCACGUGCCGGAAAACCAAUAGCAGGAGUGAUUCACCAACCUUUUUACAAAGCUGCAGAGAACCCAAAGACCACUGGUCGAACUAUCUGGGGAAUGCAAGGCAUUGGUUCUUUUGGAUAUGAAAGAGGCACACACGAGGGUCUAGUAAUUAUUACUACUAGAUCACACAGCAGUAACAUUAACCUGGAGACAAUUGAAGCAAUGAACCCAACAAAGAUCACAAGAGCUGGGGGUUCUGGGUACAAAGCACUGUCCGUGCUUCUGGGUGAGGCAGACGCUUACAUAUAUGCAAGCAAAGGAACAAAGCGUUGGGAUACCUGUGCACCAGAUGCUAUCCUACGAGCUGCAGGUGGAGCCAUAACUGAUAUCUUAGGAAACGAAAUUAAAUACGAGUACAAUAUGGAUUAUAUGAACUACACUGGCUUGCUGGCAACAUUGAAGGAUCAUGACACUUUUUUGAGCAAGGUACCACAAAGUACCAAAGACAUUGUUGCUACGAACAUUUAAUUCACCAUGAUUGUAUUUUUUUGGAUGCAAUGGUUGUUAUAUUUAUGAAAUGAUAUGUAAUUUAUCUAAUGUAAUAAUAAUAUGCAACUUCAUCAAUUUCUAGUAUAAUAAGGAAUAAAUAUACAAGACAAUUUUGAGUCCUCAAUAGAUAUGAUUCUAAUCAAGAAAUAUUUUGAAAUGGACACAAAUUGCAUCUAAAAAUCUCCAAAUUAAGCUUAUCAUAUU